AUGGCGACUCCCAGUCCAAAACCGAGCCGGCAGAGACGAAGCGGGAAACGACCUGGUAGUCCAGGUUCAGCAAGUUUAUCUGGAAAAAGAAAACGCAAUACAAUCACGCCUUGCAGUUCAACACCUGACUUGGAAAGUCUUGAUUCUGUCUCCCGAUCAUCCAGUCCUGCAGUUUCUGACAAUCAGAAAGUCUUCCCAUUCAAAGAUGCAACUUUUGUCCACAGUGGAAAUGCUACCUCAGGAAAGAAAAGAAUAUGGAGGAAUGCUAAGCAAAUCAUUUCUGCAGAAAGGUCAUUACCAUGGCACCCAAAUGAUCCAACAUACAGCAGUAUUGAUGCACCACCAUCAUUUAAGCCAGCUAAGAAAUAUUCAGAUCUGUCAGGACUAGCUGCCAGGUACACUGAUCCCCAUACAAAGAUACGAUAUGCAAAUACUGAUGAAUUUUCCAGGAUACGAAUGUUACCAAUGGAUAUUGUCUCUGGAUACCUGGCUCUGAGAAAGGCAAAUACUCCAGUUCCUUGA